AUGGAAUAUCUCACAGCACCGGGGAAGGUUCGGCUACUUGUCCGAAGGAAUGGAGUGUUGGGGCCAACGCAAACGUACAGCACAAGUGAACUUGAAACGGCCCUGAACGUGUUACAAGCACUUCCAUUUUUCCCCAUAUCACAGAAGGAGCUAAUAAUUCCAUCUAUAGCGGAACUGUGUGAUGUAGUGGACAACGAUACGGAUACGGCUGAUAAAAGAGUGCAGCCCGUUGACUUUGCCUGGAUUGAAGUUGAGUGCGACGAUGAUGUUGCCAUAGAUAAGGUGCUGAAUCUUUUUCCUAUUCAUUCCUCUACGAUAGAGGAUGUGAGGAAUGGAACAAACGACCGUGAAGGGGCAGAAAUAUUCCCGUCAUGUGGUUAUGCAAGCAUCAGUGCGGAGGCCAGGCACGAUACUAAAACUUCAUUGGGAGAUGAGGAGUACGAACCAGUGAAGGUUUGUAUGAUUGCGUUUGAACAAGUCUUGCUCACGAUUUUUCGUAGGCCUCUUGCGUGGGGCGACGAGUUGCGGGCCCAGAUGGAGUUAAUCUUAUCAUCAUCAACUUCGUAUGCUGCUCCCGUGUCAAUAUCUGUGUGUUCCCUCGUCAGUGCUUUUGUAAAAGAUUACCAGAAGGAAACGUCUUCUUUGCUUGCCGAUGUGGACAGUGUAAAUGAGAUAGUACUUCAGAUUCAACCCUCUCGAUGCGAUCACUUGGAUUUUAUGCAACGUAUUGAAAAUCUGCGUCACAGAUUGUCUCGGGUACAAGCAUCAUUUUUGACUAAGGAGCGGCUUAUUCAGCAGUUAAUGUUGCCAGUGAUGCGUCACAUUUUUAUUACGGCAGAUCCCAGUGCGGCUAGCCGCUAUCAGAGAUUACUGUCUGGUCUACUGCUUUCCAUUGAGCGUCUUCGAAGGGGCCGCGACGUUCUCAAUUUGUCAAGUAUGAGUCUUGUAAGCGGUGUGUCGAUGCGAUUGUUCCAGCACUGCUACUAUAUGGAUUUUGUGACCAAUGUCAUGACACAAAUGGCCUUGGUAACGAUGCCAAUUGGUGUUAUUCCAGGUGUGUUUACCAUGAAUGUUCAAGUUCCAUUCCAAGAAGCCGAAACCCUAUUGCCAUUUUUUAUGAUUACAUUGGUAACAGUAGUGGCGUUCGUUGUGGGAAUAAUCAAUCCUGUGAAUACGUACUUUCGGUUCAAGCCCCCAGGCGCACUUGUGACGUAG